AUGGACGGGCUGCAGCCAGAAAACGCUGGAGUUGGCGGCACCGGGGAAAACGCGGAGGAGAGGUUCCGCGCUCUCGCCUAUGACACCGCUCUGAGCACAUUGGUGGCAGUGGCCGUGUACGUGGUGGUGAAAGUGAGCCUGGACGGCAUCAGACAGUGGCGGGCCAGGAUCUCGGUGCUCAUCGUGGGUUCGGGACCCGUGGGGCUGACGGCCGCGCUGGUCGCUGUCCGCUCCGGUAAGGUGCUGAAACUGACCGUGCUGGAUGAGAGGUACCGGACCGCUCUGCUCUGCCGGCCACAGCAGAUCGCCCUGGAUCCCCGCAGUGUGAAGUUUCUGCUGGGACUCGGGGUGGACUUUGAUAACAUGGAGGGCUGUUGGCACAACGAGCAUUUCUUCACCAGGAUAGGCGUGUUUCAGGAGUACCUGCUGAGCAUCCUGGAGCAGAAGAAACAGAAAGUGGACGUCAAGGUGCAGCUGGGAACCAAGUUCACAGAGGAAUACCUGCGCCGGAUCCCGAGGAAUGAGUGGCCUCGUGUGAUUGUGGUGGCCGAUGGGUCGUGUGGCGACGCCUGCUCGGUGCUGGGCAUCAGCUCUGACUACACUGUGGAGUCGUGCCAUGCCUUUGGCGCUAACGCAUCUAUAGAGAGACUAGACCAGCGACAGGUUCCCACUCCUGAGAUCCGUGCUCACAGCCUCUACUUCGACCUGUCUGCUUACGGAGUGGAGGCGCUCCGGGAGCACCGAAAUCCCACGGCCAAACCCGGUUUCCACCUGAAGAUUUAUGGCACCUUCAGAAACCGCUACAUGGCCCUUGCCUGCCCCGCCUCUGACACCAAGAUGGUUCGCUUCCUCAGGCACACAGCCAACGCCUCCAUCAUGAAGAACAUUUUCCACCAAUCCUUCAACGUCUAUAAGACAGACAUAGAGCCUCGUCUCAAUGACGUGACGCUCCACCACAUGCAGUGCAGCCGUCGUCUUUUUGAGAUUCAGUUAUCACACAGACGCAUCAGUGCUGCCUACAUAGAGGGGGACAAUGUGGCAGUCACUGUGGAGGGGGAGGCGGCACGUGUCCUCAACUUCGACACAGGCUGUGGGGUGAAUCUGGGUAUGCGAGGUCUGGAGUCAAUGGGGACGUUUAUUUACCGGACAGCCACAGCUGUGGACCAGAAUGAUAUUUUAGAGGCACUGUCAGCUAAGAUGCAGCACUCCAGACAGGUGGCCGAGACCUUCAAGCAGACGGGCCUGACUCAAUCAAUGUAUGAAUGAAACACGAGGACGACAUGGUGAAUGUAUAAUGCCACCUAGUGGAUCGGGUGGAUUAUUUGUGUUUACAGUGAACGUUUACAGUGUAUCAAGAGUCUGAUGCUGAGAUGGACCACUAAUGGUUGCAUACUGAAUGGAGCUGAAUGAGCUGUGAACAGAUGGAUAGUGGAUGUAAACAUGGGACCAUAAGUCUUUGUGACAUACAGUGAGUGGAUCUAUUCAUAAUGGAUGGAGUGAGAAU